UUCCAUUCGAUGUCCACUGCACUGUUUAUUUGAUUGUUUCGGUUUCUUGUUAUAAAGGUAGUAUCAUACGGUAAAAUAUGACGAACACAGGCAAAGAAGAAAUUAUACAAUAUGUGCCAUUCAUGUCGUUCGUGCACCCCUCCUUUUGGCACACUCUCACUGAAAUGAAGUUGGAUGUUGAUAAACUCAAUGAGAGCACUAAACAAAUCUUCGGAAGAUUCAGCUACCGUGAUGAUAUUAAUGCUGUCUUUGAAGUGGAUGGGACGUCAUUUAACAGUUCUCCGGAGAUAGAACAACUGUAUGAGAAUGUUACCGGAACAAUAGUGAACAAAAACACAGUGGAAGAGUUUAAGAGCAUAGACAAGGCUUCACUGCUCAACUCCGUGGGAGAGAUGAUCUGGGCCAAUGUCAAGAACAAAACCUGGAUCGACAAACCAAAUAUACUGCUCAACUUCUUCAUCCUGUCUUUUGCUGACUUGAAGAAAUUCCACUAUUACUAUUGGUUUGCAUUCCCAGCCCCGAGUCAACCCACCGUCUACCUAAAGGAAAGAUCCAAAAUUGAUGCCCACUUUGAUAAGAAGCAAGUUGAACAACUCAUACAGCAACACAAAAGCCUGGAGCUUGCACAAAAAUCAUUUUUCAUUGUUGUAUGUAGUCAAGAAGGUUUAAUUAUCAAAACGAUAGGGGAAGUACUUGACAAGAAUGAAAUAGUUCAAAGUGAAAUCAAAGAAAAUUUGUCUGAAAUGUACUUUGGCUUCCUUGAUCCAAGUAAUGGGGAAAAUCCAGGAUGGACCUUGCGGUUAUAUAUUGCAGCUUUGUUAGAACACUGUCCUAGCUCAAGGAAUACUGCUCUUAACAUGCUAGGCUUAAGGUUCAAUAUUGGAGGAGUGGAGAAUAGUUAUGUGUUCACUUUGAGAGUUCCAGAGGAUGUCAAAAGCACAGAGAGUGCCGGCUGGGUGGGGUGGGAAAGGAAUGACAGAGGAAACUUUGGACCUAAACUAGCCAACAUGUCUGCAUCUAUGGAUCCUAUAAAACUAGCCGACACGUCAUCGGACCUCAACAUCAAGCUGAUGAAGUGGCGGCUCGUGCCGGAUCUGAAUGUGAAUGUGAUGAAGGAGACCAAGUGUCUGCUGCUGGGAGCCGGCACGUUGGGGUGCCAUGUCGCUAGGGACCUGUUGGCAUGGGGUUUCCGUCACAUAACGUUCGUGGACUCGGGCGCGGUGUCGCACUCCAACCCGACCCGCCAAGUGUUAUUCACAUUCCGCGACGCCGCAUUAGGGAAGGGCAAGGCCUUCGCCGCCGCCGCCAGCCUCAAGGAGAUACUGCCUACUGUACAUAGCGAGGGUAUUCGCCUGCACAUCCCGAUGCCGGGUCACCCGGUCGGCGCCUCUAUGAGAGAAGAGACUGUUGCCAACAUAGAGAAACUAACACAAGCUAUAGAGAGCCAUGACGUCAUAUUUCUCCUACUGGAUACGAGGGAAGCUAGGUGGCUGCCUACACUGAUUGCGGCGCAUUUUGGAAAGAUAGCGAUAAACGCGGCGCUCGGCUUCGACUCCUACCUGGUGAUGCGGCACGGCGUGCACCCCGCGCCGGGCGAGCGAGGGGCGGGGGCGGGGUCGGGGGAGGGGGCGAGCGGGGCGGUGCCGGGGGGGCAGCUGGGGUGCUACUUCUGUAAUGACGUCACUGCGCCGGGGAAUUCGCUGAAAGACCGCACCCUGGACCAGCAGUGCACGGUGACGCGGCCCGGCGUGGCGGCCGUCGCCGGCGCGCUGGCAGUGGAAGUACUGGUGGGGCUGCUGCAGCAUCCGCUCAGGGUAGAAGCGCCAGCCAUAUGCAACCUACAACCAGACGACGAAAUCCCGGCAUCCAUGCAAGGCGUGCUCGGCCCGAUACCUCACUCAAUACGCGGCUUCCUUCACACGUAUCAGAACGUACUACCAACAUGCACGAAGUUCAAGCAAUGCAUCGCGUGUAGCGACGCCGUCAUAGACAAGUAUAGAGCGGAGGGCACAGAGUUUGUGCUGAAGGUGUGUGAUAGCGGGAAGUAUUUGGAGGAGGUGACCGGACUGUCUGAACUGCAUUUGGCGGCGGAGAUGCAAGAUGUUUUAAUGUUCUCCGAUGAGGAGGAUGAAGAUGAAGACUAGUGAAUUUUAUCAUCCUAUAAUAUAUUGUAUUGUACCUGUUUAUAUUGAAUCAAAUCUCUAAUAAUCUAUAUGUAUUGUAGGCAAAGCUUAUGUAAGUUGUGAUAUUAGUAACGUCGUGACUGUAUAAUAAUGUCAAUGUAUUUCACAUUUUAUUCUAAGAUUAUGGACUUGUUAUGUAAUGAAAUUUUAAGUAAAGGCCAGGAUAUCAUGUCAUAGUUUCUAAUUAAAUUAUUAAGUAUAUCUUGUAUGAGUUAGUUUCUCUUUUUUAUAUGUUCUUAUUUUUGUACAUAAAAGCUAAUACCAAUAUGCAUUCCUUCUAGAAAAAGUGCUUUUAAUACUAUUCAUAUUAUUAAACCGAAUUUUACUGAAUAACCACUGUACACACAAUAAAAAAAACCACCGUUAAAAUCAA